GUGAAAGCGAGAACAUUGUGUCAAUAAGUGAAACAGUAGAGUUACUGAAACAAAAGUAUUAAAUAGUAGAAUUAGUUUAACGAAAAAUAUCUCAAAUAAGUAUUAAAAUUUGUACAAAUUUGUAAAAAAAACACCUUAAAUAUCGGAAAACAUUCCCCCUAAAAAAAGUACACAAAUGUAAACAAACCAAACUACGCAAUCUUAAAAAACGUAUAAUCAAAAAGUUUCAAACCUCUAACAAAGGAAGUUUCCAUAGCGGAAAAAAGGUGCAAUAAAGAACCAACUCUCAGUGCUAGAGAAGAAAAAAAAAAUCAAAAUCUCAAGACCUCCUCCCAAGAAAGAACCAGAAGAAGACAAAUUUCUUAAAGGAGCCAGCAAACCAACACCAGCAAACGACAAGUGCGAGCAAAGACGCAGGAAGAAAUACAAAAACAUUCAACGCACACUUCGAUCGACCGACGUACUUUCUCGCUCUCCGCAUCUUCUCUUUCGCUCGCAGUUCCUUAAGAAUAAGGAGUCAGUCCCAUACGCAUACCGGUCCGCCCGUCCGCUCGAUAGGGGGUGGUGGUGGUGGUCAAGCCGAGAAAAAAGCCCACUUUGUGUACCAAACAAAAGGGGGAGGCUAGCCGGAGAUAGAACUCAUCCAAUCGAUACCGGGGGAGAAAGCGAACGUCUUCCGAAGUCGGGAAAAUGAAGGAAAACGCCAUGAUCGACGUGUUCGAUGCGGCGGAAUUCAAUCCGGACGCGAUCCUGUCGAAUGUGUUCCUGGACCCGGGGUUGGAUUUCAUUACCAGCAGCAUUGAUGAGCUGGGCGAGAACAUCAUGGGGAUGGGUCCGGACUUUCUUCACAGCUUCGGGACGACGCAGUUGUUCUUUCCGGAGCAACCACCGGCGACGGCACUGGUGGGGAUGGCGGAGAAUGGUGUUGGUGGUGGUCAGCAGUUGUUGUCGAAUCAACAGCUACAGCAACAACUGCCAUCAUUGCAGCAACAGCAGCAGCAACAAAAAUGUGUAGUUGACCAGAAACCCACAGACGGAGUGAGUAGCCGGUAUGAUCCGACGACGGCGACGACCGCGACCGCCAGCGAUUAUGUAAAACAGGUGGUGGUCGUACCCCAAGUGGCGACGAUGGCCCCCCAGCAGAUCCAGCAGGUCCAGCAGCAGCAAUCGUGCAAGUGUGAAUUCUGCGAGUACCUUCAGGCAAAUCGGAUCAGUUUGAGUGGUUCCGGUGGAAGCUCCGGAUCUGCGGUUGGGGGCGACCACGUGUUCCAGUGCGAAUUCUGCGGGGAAGGAUUCGCCAAUCAGAGCAGCUUCAAUCGGCAUCGAUGCGGCAGUACGGAUAUACAGGUCUAUCGGUGCGAACAGUGCCGGAGGGAGUACGGGACGUCGAGGACGGAGUCUAGCAUUAAUGGGUUGGAGGGAAGGGGGAAAUGUGAUAUCUGCAAUAGAAACUAUGUGCAAUCAACGACGAUGGCGGCUACGGCAGAAGUAGCGGGGGUGGGAACGACGAUAUACGGGCAGGUUGGACGCCCUGCCCUGGCGGAAGCUAGUAGCUACAGCAGCAACAGUAGCAGUAGCAAGCUCUCCGUCGUAGAUAGUCCAAUGGAACAUGACCUCAGCAGUAUUGAACCGUUUGGAUCGGAUAGUGAAUGUAUAAGCGAAUUACUAACGGAGGAAUCGUCUCCGAUGGUGGAACCUCAGCAGGUCGGUAUUAUUCCUGGGAAAACUUACUUCGUCCUGGGUAACGUGGAACUUCAGCAAAUGGCUGCUGCAGCGGGAGGGUCCUACCUUCAGAAUGCCAAAAUAAGUAGCGAAUCAAGCGUGACCAGUUUGCAUCAGUAUGACCAGUACGAGGACGAAGACUACUCAUCGAUGUCAGAAGAUGAAGCUAUUGUUCCAAUAGAACCCUAUGCCAAAUCGCCCAAUCAGGAGCAAGCCAAAACCGAGUUGCCAAUACAGGAAACGAUCAUCGACACCAGCAGCAAUGCGGGCCUUCCAUUUGGCGUAUCGUCCGCAUCCACCGGCAGCACGACGACACUUCCGGAAGAGGAAGGCAAAUGUGACUCGUCCAGCAAGGGCUCGGAACCUACGCAACCGGAACGGCCUUUCAAGUGUCACAUUUGCGAACGGUCCUAUCGGAACCACAAAAACCUCAAGGCCCACAUCAAGGGAGCGCACGAGGGAGUCCGAGCGAAUCAGUGUGAAAUUUGCGGGAAGAACUUCUCCGGCAGUAGCUAUCUGGUGAUUCACCGACGGAGGCACACCGGCGAGCGGCCCUUUAAGUGUACGACUUGUGGGAAGGCUUUUGUGGAUAGCCGGGCACUGUCGGUGCACACUCGGUUGCAUACACCGGGGAGUCGACUGAAAUGUAUGAAGUGCGAAAAGACUUUCUCCAGCGCUUCCGCACUGACGGUGCACAACCGAUUGCACACCGGAGUCCAUCCGUACAAGUGUGAAAUGUGUGAAAAAACGUUCCCACAGUACAACAACCUCAAGCACCACAUGAAGAAGCAUGAGGCAACGACGGAGCAGCAGCAGCAUCAGCAACAACAACAACAUCAGCCAACAUCUCUGAUGGAUACCAAUUCGAAUUCGAGCAUAAGCGGUGCCAAUAGUCCGGCUGGCAGCACGGGUUCUUCCUUGGAGUACAAGUGCAAUGUCUGCAGUAAACCGUUUGGGACGUCCGAGGAGCUGCAAACUCACCUGAACCAGCACUGUAAGGAUCGGCCCAAUCAGUGCGAGUUCUGUUCGAAGGUUUUUCCCAGGUCGUCCCAUUUGAUCAUCCACCGGAGGAGGCAUACGGGUGAACGUCCAUUCAAGUGCAAAUACUGCGAGAAGGCGUUUGUGGACUCACGAGCCCUUUCCGUGCACACUAGGCUGCAUACGGGCGAAAGGGUAACCUGCGACAUCUGCCUGAAGACCUUCGCCAGCAGUUCCGGUUUGAUCGUACACCGCCGGAUCCAUCUCGGCAUACACCCAUACAAGUGCGACUAUUGCCCGAAAUCUUUCGCCCAAUCGACUGCUCUCAAAUAUCAUCUCAAAAAGCACGACACCACAAAUCUACCGACGACCACCGGUACCGAGGCUUCCAAAUCCAAACUAGCAACCGAUUCCAGCUCCUUCUCGGAACAAUCGUCCGAUCAAUCGAAUCCUCCCACCACGACGACCACGACGACCAGUCCGGAACCUUCCAGCCAGCAGCAAUCGACCAAAUCCAACCCUGGCCACGUCAAGUGUCAGGUUUGUAACAAGCACUUCCGCUCGGCUGAAUAUCUGGCACGGCACCGUAGGACCCACUCCGGCGAACGGCCGUACCAGUGCGAGAUUUGCGGCAAAAACUUCAGCACCAUGAGCUACCUGGUCGUCCACCGAAGGCGGCACACCUCGGAGCGACCGUAUAAGUGUCCGUACGCGGAUUGCUCCAAGGCAUUCGUGGACAGUCGUGCCCUACAGGAGCACAGUCGAUCGGUGCACUCGAAAAUUAGGGUCCCGUGCGAAACUUGUUCGAAGACUUAUUCGAGCGUAAGCAAUCUGAUUGUCCACCGGAGGAUCCACAGUGGGGUCCAUCCAUUCGAGUGCGACAUCUGUGGGCGAUCGUUUGCCCAGAAGAAUGCCCUCAAAUACCACCUGAAGCAGCACGUCAACAAACAGGAAACUGUAAAAAGUAGCUCCCAUAGCGAUGAGAAGAAAUUUUAAACUAGAAUAGACCUACUGAACCAAAACGCAAAACCAAAUUCAACCCAAGCGACCAUAGAAAACCAGACCAGUAUUGAUUGUAUAGAGUAAUCUAAGAGUGCUAUGCCCUAACAAUUCCUAGUUUGAAUUCAGUGAUCAAGCAACCAAGUGAAAUCUACCUAUGGAGUAAAAAUGGAGGAAAAAGAAAAUGUUGAAUGGAUGUGAACCAAAAGUUCUGUAAAUUUAAAGGUUUUAGAAAUCGAAUCGAAGUGUAAACUAAGUCAAAACUGAAAAAAACUGUAAAAACUAACCGCGCAAAAGACAAAAGAAUCGUUCCUUAUUUGAAGACUUUUAAACUAAUUUUAGCAACCUAGUAAACAAGAUGAAUGGAAAAACGCAAAAUCGCGAACUAAACCAAAGUAAGACUAAGUGUAGUGAAUAUGAAAUCUUUUAAUUUAUUACAAUAAAACGAAAUGUAACGAGA